AUGAAGAAAAACAAAUCAUCAUGUAAUACCUGUAUAUCGGAGGUAUUUAGAAAUUCUUAUAAAAAAUUAAAAAAAAUAUUUGUAAACGAAAAAUUUUACGUGGCGUUCAAUGCAUUUUCAGCACAUAUGUUUAUACAAAUAGCAUCAGUUACGUCUAAACAUAUCUCAGUGGCUUUUAAAAUACCAGCUGAAAAUACAGGAAUAUACUUUGCCAAGCUACUUAGCGCUAGAGGACUUAUAAGCCUAGCAGCAUCUAUACUGAGCUACAUCAUUAAUAUGACAACAAAGGGAGAAAAUGUACUUAUAUCUCUGAUAUUCUCAUUCUCAAUAUUCAUAUUCAGAUUUAUUUUUAUGGCUUUCCUUCAUAUGUCAACUAAUCUACCUUUGACCAUUUACUUAGCGUAUAUACUAGAAGGUCUAGCUGUCGGCCUCUUCCAAAUGCCAUUUUACUCGUUAACAGCAGAAUACGUCUCUAUUUUGAGUGUAUCAUUCAAACUUUCAAGGAUAACGCUGUUUGUUCUGCAGAUCUUCCUUGAUUUGGCCAAUUUUAAAAACCCGAUCGUAAUGGUAAAGAUACAAUAUUGGUUUGCAUUUACCAUAACGUGCAUAUCGACGGGUUUGUGGUUUGCAUUCUGCUCAAACAAAUCAAAACGAAACAAGAAAAAGAAACAGGAAGCAAUGAAUGAAUUUGUGGACGUAAGUGAUGAAUCGUUUAUUCUCAAAGUUGAUGAACUUGGAGAGGAAGAGACACCCAGUUUCAGAGGAGACGAUGACGAUACCCCAAAUACUAGAGAUGAACAGGCAGAAAUAGUAGAACCGGGUUUCUUUACACUAUUCCUUGACCAAAUUUCGCCAUUCUGUAUGUGUUUGGCAGCUAUAAUGAUGAAGAGCACAAUACACCCUGGAUUACUUCCAUACUCUCUCUUGAAUAGGGAUAAAUGUCAUUCAAUUAACAUGGUCGUUACACCCAUGGCAUUAAUGGCAACCACAUUUGUUCAUCUAUUGAAAGAGAACGUAAAGUCGAUAGAUAGGAGGUGGGACUGGAAAUGGAACAUGAUGUGGAUGACUGGAAUUCCUCCAUUCACUGUGGUAAUGUUAAUUUUCGUGUCACUUCAUUCAAAAGGAGUCAUUGCUAAGGGUAUAAUUAAUCAAAAAUGGUCCGUUUUAGCACUAGGAGUAGUAUUUUUCCUAUUCAACUGUACACUAGAAUCAUUUGGAUACGUGGGAGUGGCGGCCAAUGUAAAACAAAACGGAAAGAUUCUUACAAGAGGACGCAAAAUUGUUUCAACCGGUCAAAUGUCAACUUUGAUAACAGGGUUCAUAUUUUAUAAAUUCUCAAUAGGAUAUAGCGUUACUAGAAAGUCCAUAAUAUCGGACGUCGGUAGAUCAAUUUAUAUUAACAAGAUGAGCAGGUUUGAAACAUUAUGGUUCUGGAUCGGUAGAACUAUUAUAGAAGCAUUUAAAGAUUUCGUUAAUGACUUCAGACUGAAUAUCAAAGAUUAUAUAUAA